CCAGUAACGGUAGUACCGCGUAGGUUUAGCUUGUUUAGUAACGUGAGAUCUACAGUCGAUAUAUACUCGAGGAUUCUUGUGGAUACUAUUACUACUAUUUUUGGAUAUCAUUAAUAAUACACGACUGGCCGUGCUCAGGUUUUGGAGCUAAUUUUUCGAUAAGGAUGGAAUUGAUUUCCCAUCUAGAUUAUGUCGGAUAAUGUGCUGUUGUUGCGAUGUCGAUGAAAUGGUAGGCUGGUUACGUCUUUUUUCUCUCCAAAAAUAUAGGCCUAACUAAUUUAGUCGGGCACCUGCUGGGUCGUACACUAUGGCGAGACACUCGACAGGAUCUAUAUAUAAAGUGAGAGCUGGCAGCCGUCUGUUUUGAGGAGUUUUUAAAUACACUAGGCUAUAUAGGCCUACAAAAAAAUCUGUAAUUAGUGAGUGGAGCCGGCCAACGGAGUUCAGCGGAACAAUCAACAACAACCGAAGCUUUUGAUAGAACUUGGUUGAAUUUUACGAGACUUCAUCAUGGACAGUGCCCUUUGUGUCCCAUCUGUAAAUAACAUUCCUCAAUGUACUCCAUGAAUAGCUAGUCGACGUCCAUUGCAUUCAGAUCACAUUGAGCUCUGCGAUGUGUUUGUGAUCUAAUCAUCCAAAUGUGCGAUUAUUAACCUUCAGAAGAAACCGAAUGUUGUCAUGAAUAGCAAUAGCUAUAUUCCCUGUUAUUAGACACAGUUCUUGAGAGGAAUGCAAUAAGUAACCCCGUGCAACAAUGAGUGACAAGAUGUGGGGAAAGAACGCCAUUGAAGGCUUCUCCAAACACGUCCAUCUCGGGAACUUCUCUCUCGAUGAAAACCGGAACUACUGCAACGAUCACAGGAAUCGUAGAUUCUUCGUCGAUCCGGGACCGUGGCCGAAGCUAGACCUUCUUCCUGGUCAUUCGGAGUUUGUUGACCGCGACCGUGGGGAUGGUGGCGCCGAAGUGAAGUCGCUGGAUGCAUUGAUGAGAUGGAUGCGUGAUCACCAAGAUGAGCUUCAACGGAGGAAGAUCUUGGAGACUCGGGAAGAUGGUACAAAAAGAUUGGCCUUGGAUUUCGUCACCCGGAGGGGUGCGUUGCACGACCUCUUCAAGUCGCCCCAUCUCAACGAUCGCACAGAGUAUCUUGUUACAUUCUUCAAUGGAACUUACUAUCUGGAGCAGCUCGAGCUGCCGGGUCGGCGAGACAAUCCCAACGAUCCAGAUGGCACUCAAAUGUACAGCGGGAAAAAGUUUGCCCAGUAUUGCAGUGUCCAAGAAACGGGGGAGAAACCAGAACCUACGCAACCAAUCAACGACAACCUCUCGUACGAGGCCGUCAUGGCGGCACGAUGCGGCGGCGUCUUCAAAGUCCUCUUCGGCGUCGAGAUCCACGCCGAACUCCAACACAAUCCAGAUAUUUUAUCAACAUAUCGUGGAAUGCAUCAUCUCAAUUAUGUCAACAUCAGAACGACCAGAGACUUCAACGCAUUGACCGACUUGCAAUAUUCAAAGGCUUUCUUCCGGAAGAAGCUGUUUCAGUUUUGGUCUCAGAACCACAUUGCUGGUAUCCCACGUGUGAUCCUGGGCUGGCGGGACGAUGAUCGUCACGUGAUCACCAGAGUGGAAACGUACAAGACUGAAGACAUUCCUGACUUUCCUUUGUGUACAUGGAAACCUGUUAAAUACUACACGACGAUGCAGACACUUCUAUCUGAAAUCACUAGGCUGGUGACAGACGAUGAUGCCGGUGCCGUCUUUCAUCUCGUGUUGGAAGAGGUCGAGAACGCGCCUUAUCCAGUUUUGGCGGGAAAACUCUGCAGUCGGACAUUCACGGUGAAGAGACUACCACGUGGUUCUCACAGGAUCGUGAAGGACUGGUUCAUCAGAGACGUCCUCAAUUUCAAGUAACCAUCGCGAUGAUCAUCGAACUUAAUACAACAUCAAGAUAAGGAUGCUUUUUAUUUCUAGUUAGAAACUGAUCGGCUUUUCUAUAGGGUCCUACCUCGCAUUACAGUCGGAAGUUACUUUCACCACGCCCUGAAAUACAAGCACUGUAUCGCAUACACGAUGGUUAUAAGAAUAUGUAUGCACGAUGGAGAGAAGACUGAAAUAUGUACAGUACAAUGAGAAACCUACAAGUAGUAUGGUGCUGUUGAUAUAAUAUAAACUGUGACCUCAUGGUUUUAUUUGUUGCUGGAGUAACAAAAUUUAACUUUUAAAUAUGACCUUUUUUUGUAUGGACGUUACGCUCAUACCCACAGCUUGUCUUCAAUAGACAAUAUGCCCUGCGCUUGAAAUAGCGAAUUGUUUGCAUUUCUUCUAUUUUUUAUGCUCAUAUAUUUGUCCUUGUCAUCGGUUUCUUCUCCGUAUUUAUUGUUUAUGUGCAAUUCAUUUAUUUACUUUAAUGUUGAUGACAUGUGAAUGUAGCAUAACUUGUAGAUUUAUAUUCAAUUAUUUAUUUACUUUAGUUCAUUUGAUGUUUGAUGAUGUAGCUUAACCAUGGAUAUCUAUUUUAGAUGUAGUGCCCGUAUUGUUAAUUUUCUUUAAGUUUUGUUGCUGUUUGGUGACAUAACCCAUGAUUUAUGUGCAAAUUAAUUUACUUUUAAGUUGUGUUGAUGUUUGGUGAUAUAGCAUAUAACCAUAGAUAUCUACUGUAGAUGUUAAAAUAGUACCCAUAUUGUAGGGCUCGUACAUGUACCUUUUCUGUCACUCUCACUCUCUACAUCCUAUGGCCCGCAUUAUGUAAGGUGAUUUAACUUUGGCCAUGGUCUAACUCUACGCUACAAUUAUGGAAAGCCAAAAAUGCCAAAUCUUGUUUAUAUGAUAUGUUUUCUAUGUUUACUGUAGGCCUACUCUUUCCCAGUUAUUUACAGUGAAGACAACUCUCAUGUACCUUUCCAAGACAGCUAAGAAUGAUUUGAGAAUUUGAUGAGCUGAUUUAUUGAACUUCUAUUAAAAAUUUAUUUCCCACUUGAUUAUCCAUCAGUGGCAUACAGAUUGGGGGCUCUUGCCCCCCCCCCCCAAAAAAAAAUCACAACCAUAAAAAGAAAGGAAAAGGAUA